AAAGUCUAAAAAAAACUAUUUAGUAAACACAACGACAAAAAUAAGCUAAUCACACUUUCUCCCCUUCGCGUUAAAAAAAUCCGUAAUUACUCGCUGUCACUUUACGCACACCAAACCUGACACUUGUCCUCCCACGAUGCUGUUUUCUGUUAAUAAUGUUACACCAGAUCCAAUCAUAGACAAAUUCCGAAAAAAAGAAAGGUCUCUUCCUCCCAUUUCCUCUCAAAUUCCACAUGUACGAGGGUACAAGCUAUCAGCAUCAACUCCGGCCUCGAAUUGAACGGGAUGUGGAGCGGUAUCGGAUCUCUCUAUACAAACGUGAUCCGUAGGAACAUUGGAUGCGAGAAAACGACCUACCGAUCUCUUUAUUAUAUAUCCCGUCCAAAUUCUUGACCUCUCCUCCAUUCCUCUUCUUCCCAAAAUCCCCAACCAACCAUGGCAUCCUUCACUAACCCUAAUCCUAGUCUCCUCCUCUUCUCCCUCCCCCUUCUCCUCCUCUUCGGCGGUUGCGCCGCCGUCUUGGAGGCUGCGACGCCGUCGCCGUCGAACGGGACGACGGUGUACGAGCUGCUGCCGAAGUACGGCCUCCCGCCGGGGCUCCUUCCGGACACGGUGACGUCUUUCCAACUUUCCAACGACGGCCGCUUCGUGGUGGAGCUGGAGGGCGCCUGCUACGUGGAGUUCGAGUACCUGGUUUACUACGAGCCCCGGAUCACCGGCGUCGUCAAGUAUGGCAGCAUCGAGGACCUCCAGGGAAUCCAGGUGCGCCGCUUCUUCAUCUGGUUCGACGUCGAAGCCAUCAAGGUCGACCUUCCUCCCUCCGACUUCAUCUAUUUCGAUGUCGGCUGGAUCACCAAGAAGCUCAGCGUCGGCCAGUUUGAGACCGUCCAUUCUUGCGAGGCUAACGUGCUGGCCGACCGAGCCAUGAUGGCCGCUGAUAGUUUACUUAAGCUCCCAGAUCCUAUGAGAGAUACAGGUAUGCUGGUCACAGAAUAGAUAAAUCUAGAGAUCAGUCAUCGAUGGUUGGUGUGUCUGGGGCAUUGUAUGAUAUCUUUGUCAAGUCUUGGGUUUGCGGAAGGAACUUGUACUAUUCUGCUGUAUCUCAAGAUUUAUAGUCACGAAAACCUUAUUGUGGAUUAGAUAUGCAUAGUAAGAAACCUCAUUUAUAAGCCUAUCUCUAUUGGAUGGUUGCAUUUGCUGGUCUCCUCUU